AUGUGGGAACUGCGGGCAGCCUCCUUCUGGAGGGCCAUAUUUGCUGAGUUCUUUGCCACCCUCUUCUAUGUCUUCUUCGGGCUAGGGGCCUCACUGCGUUGGGCCCCUGGACCACUGCAUAUCUUGCAGGUGGCUUUGGCCUUUGGCCUGGCCCUGGCUACACUGGUGCAGGCUGUGGGCCACAUCAGUGGAGCCCACGUCAAUCCUGCAGUCACUUUCGCCUUCCUUGUGGGCUCCCAGAUGUCCCUGCUCCGUGCCUUCUGCUACAUGGCAGCCCAACUCCUGGGAGCCGUGGCUGGGGCUGCCGUGCUGUACAGUGUUACCCCGACUGCCGUCCGAGGAAACCUAGCACUUAACACGUUGCAUCCUGGGGUGAGUGUGGGCCAGGCCACCAUAGUGGAGAUCUUCCUGACGCUCCAGUUCGUGCUCUGCAUCUUUGCCACAUACGACGAGAGGCGGAAUGGCCGCCUGGGCUCCGUGGCCCUGGCCGUUGGCUUCUCCCUCACCCUGGGGCACCUCUUUGGGAUGUAUUAUACUGGUGCAGGCAUGAACCCUGCCCGCUCCUUUGCUCCUGCCAUUCUUACCAGAAACUUCACCAACCACUGGGUGUACUGGGUGGGCCCAAUCAUUGGAGCAGGCCUGGGCAGUCUCCUUUAUGACUUUCUCCUCUGCCCCCGGCUCAAGAGUGUUUCUGAGAGACUGUCUAUUCUCAAGGGUGCCAGGCCCAGUGAAUCCAAUGGACAACCAGAGGGCACAGGGGAACCUGUUGAACUGAAGACCCAGGCCCUGUAA